AGGAGGACAGGAUUUUUUCCCGACCGUCAGUUCAGCUCUCUGACUCGAUCCUGAGCAACACCUGGAGGAGAGACGUGGCUGGCAGGUGUUGCGCAAGUAGAGGGAGCUUCUUGCGCACAGGCGGCACUACCUUUCUGCAGCAGGCAAGGCAGGGCUGGCGGUUUUGCGGCCAGGGUGAGGUUGGUGAGGGCAAUAGGGAAGGGUCUGUGAGGCUUGCUGGGGCAUUUGCACUAGCUGGGGAGUUAGGGGACUGUGGGUCAAAUUUUGCACGUGCCUUCACUAUCCUGGAAAGAAUAGGCUAAGAGUAGCGAGGCAUUGGUCACACGCUCAUGUGCCUUACGCAGCUCAAGCAGAGUGGUCUUCAGAGGCUAAAUCCAAUCCGCUGAAAGGCAUCUCGUAGUUCUGGAGCAGCUAUGGCGUCUACUUUGACGCCAGCACUGGCUGCUGGGAUUAACAGCGAAGUGUUCAGUGGCAAAAGUCAGAAAACAAGUGACAUGUCUGCACCCCGAGACAACAAUGGAGCGUACGAUCUUGCAGACCUGGAUGGGACACCCAUGAAUUUUGGGAUUGCAGAGGACGAUGAUGUUGGGGGCAGAGGCAAUGGGGCAAAUGGUGGCGCUUGGAAUGACACUCCAAUGAGCCCGCGCUCACCUUCGUCAGACGGGGGUGACAUGGAUGAAUACAAGGACCAAGGUUCCCCCAGCAACAAGAGGCCAGGCGACAGUGACAAGAAAAGCGAGGGCCCCGACAAGACUCUGCGUCGUCUGGCUCAGAACAGGGAAGCAGCAAGGAAGAGCCGGCUGCGAAAGAAGGCGUACGUUCAGCAACUAGAGUCGAGCCGCAUUCGCUUGCAGCAGCUGGAGCAAGAGCUGCAGAGAGCUCGGCAGCAGGGUGUGUACCAUGGGGACGGCGCGGCUGGCGGUGGGGGCACGCUACCAGGCCUAAACAGCAACCCCAACCCUGGCGCCGCGCAGUUUGACCUGGAGUACGGUCGGUGGGUGGAGGAGCACAGCCGGCAGACAUCAGAGCUUCGGACAGCGGUCAACCAGCGCUCCACGGACGACGAGUUGCGGACGCUGGUCGACCAGUGUCUGGCGCACUAUGACGAGCUUUUCAAACUCAAAAGCCAGGCGGCCAAGAUGGACGUGUUCCACCUCGUGUCGGGGAUGUGGAAGACACCGGCAGAGCGCUGCUUCAUGUGGAUGGGCGGUUUCCGGCCAUCCGAAAUGCUUAAGAUCAUCAUCCCGCAGGUGGAGCCGCUGACGGAGCAGCAGCUGAUGGCGAUUUGUAACUUGCAGCAGAGCAGCCAACAGGCGGAGGAUGCGCUGUCCCAGGGCAUGGAGUCGCUGCAGCAGAGCCUGGCGGACACUCUGAGCGCAGGAAACAUGUCUGCGUCGUCCAACGUGGCCAACUACAUGGGCCAGAUGGCCAUGGCCAUGGGCAAACUGGGGACGCUCGAGUCGUUCGUGCGACAGGCCGACAGUCUCCGUCAGCAGAGCCUGCAGCAGAUGCAUCGUACUCUUAACAUCCGUCAAUCUGCGAAGGGGUUCCUGGCAAUGGCUGAUUACCAUGCGCGGCUCCGUGCUCUGAGCUCGUUGUGGGCGGCUCGGCCUCGCGAUUGAGGGCUCUGUUCAAAUUGUCUUAGGUAGAAUCCUUGUUUGUUGUGGCUAUCGCAACUACAAGUGCAAUGAUGCACACUCCCUGUGCGGGGAGGGUUCCGUGGUAACCCGUCAUUCUUGGUUGUCAAUUGCACCAAUUACUUUGACAAAGCAGGGCUGCCUGAUCAGGAGGAAGCGGCAGUUGAAAGUGGCUGCGACCAUGCAAGCGUCAAGUCUUGUCUUGGCCCUGGAUAUUUGGAUGGGGUUUGUCGUUAUUAGUACUUGAAGACUAAAAGACUAGCUCAGGAGCUAUGCGUCUGAGAAGCUGGUGCAAGCAAGGUGUACAUUCGAGCUGAUUGUUGUAGUUGCAAGGCUCUAAGCUUCAUCGCCGUACAUCCUGCUUGUACAUGUACAUUAAAAGACUGGCACAAAUAGUAGUCUUUUAGAAUUUUCUUCUAUGUCCGUUUUAAUUCUUGGAGAAGUUUCCGGUUCUUCAGUCUCAAUCACGAU